CACCGAGCUCCUUUGCCUUGGCGCUUCCACGCACAUCAUUGCUGUUCCACCAGGACCUGCCCUCCUUCAUCAACAACACAAUAAUUACUUGCCGACAUAAUCGCUAACUUGCAGGGAAGGGGAUUUGUUUUGACAUCUUAACUCGGAGACAAGUGUCCACCGAGCAGCGAACGACAUCGCAGCAAUCUCAACGUCGCGCCGAAAUCGCAUCAGCCCGAACUCAGCUUGCUCCUAUCGCAGUCAUGGCAGACAGCGGCGAUACGGGCGGCGACGCCCAGCUUACCUUCAAAGUGAAGAGUUCCAAUGACAAGGCGCACACAAUCACCAUGGCCGAGUCGGCAACUGUUUUAGAUCUCAAGACAAAGCUGGCGGGAAGCGACUUUGAGGAUACUCCCGUCGAGCGACAGCGGCUGAUCUACUCUGGGCGUAUCAUGAAGGAUUCAGAUGCUUUGAGCGUCUAUAAGAUCAAGCACAUGAAUACCAUCCACAUGGUCAAGAGCGCUCGCAGCAACCCUCCCGCCGCCCCUUCCAGCGCUUCGUCUUCGACACCCACCCCAGCCGCCGUUCCCCAGAACAUGGCCUCCGGUGCAGGUGCCGGCGACCUUCUCGCAGGACUGACGGGCGCGAGGUUUGCCGGUCAUGCCAAUUUACCAAGCGCCGACUUAUUUGGCGCAGAUGGUGGGAUGGGCGCGCCGCCGAAUGAAGACCAGGUUGCCGAGAUGUUGUCAAACCCGGUGGUGGCGCAGACAAUGAAUGAAGCGCUCAACAAUCCCAGUUUCAUCGACUAUAUGCUUCGGUCAAACCCCGCGCUGGCCGCAAUGCCCAAUGCCCGCGAGAUGCUACAAUCCCCACAAUUCAGGGAGCUGAUGACGAACCCGGAGGCCAUCCGCAUGGCAGCACGAAUGCGAAGGGUAUUGCAUGGUGGAGGAGAGGGCUCGGCGUUUCCCGCUCCCGGCGCUACGGACACUACGCCCGCCGGUGCUGCAGCGACCGGAGGUUCCGCAGCGGCGGGUAACAACGGCAAUGACGACCUGUUCGGACAUCUCUUUGGCCCGCCGGGUGCUGGCAAUCCUUUUGCCCCGGGGGCUGCGAAUCCCUUCGCUAGCCUCCUAGGUAUCACUCCACCGGGAGGCCCCUCCAGCGGAGCAACCACGGCGAGCCAGGCACCCGCAACUUCAACCCAAACAACCGCUUCGUCUGAUAACAGAGAAGGUUCCGCUGGCAGCAGCACGGAUACCCAAGGCCAGGCCGGCCAGCCUCUCAACCCCUUUAGCGCGCUGCUCGGGCUCGGUGCAGGACAGCCAGGCGCCCAGAGCUCCAACACCAACAACCCCUUCGGGUGGCCACCAAACAUCCCACCGGAAGCCCUCCGGCAACUCUCGCUGUUGUAUGGACCCGGUGGGGGUUUCCCGGGAGUCGCCCCGGCAGCGGCAGCGGCGCCGGCGCCUCCCGAUAACAGACCACCGGAGGAGCGCUAUGCCGAGCAACUCCGCCAGCUUAACGACAUGGGGUUCUUUGAUUUCGAUAAGAACGUGACGGCCUUGCGUCGCAGCGGCGGCAGUGUUCAAGGCGCUGUCGAAUACCUCCUCUCCAACCCAUGAUUCUGCGAGACAGUGGAGUGCGUUUAAUGGUUGGGACCAAUGCGAUUUGUGUUUGUAUGGGAUCAGCUGUUGAUAAUGAGAUGAAAUCUCAACAGCAUACAGACGAACCAUGAUAUGCGGGGCAUGCUUAUGAACUGGGUUGAGGUUGUGGAAUGAAACCCAUUUAUCAGUGCUUGCGAGCAUCGAAUACUGUUGACCCCGGGGUUUACCUAACGCAUUGUGUAGUAUGUACAUGUACAUCGGAACAGCGAUGCCCUCAAUACACAGUACCUUAAUCAAUUCACUUGUUGAUGACGGCAAACGAGGGUUCAUGAAGUUGAACAUGAAUCGCU